GGCGUGACGCCCGCGCGCACCAUGCUGAUCACGCUGUGCUACUUGUACCUGUGGGCGCGCUGGGGGGCUUAUUCGGCCGAGCUCGUCCGCCUUACUGUGCGCAGGCUGUACCGAACUCGUUGUUCCUUCACCUUCUCUUCUUCCUCCGGUCUCGGGGGCUCUCGCCAAACCCUGCGCCCCCAGCCCUCCCCCCUUCCGCUUCGCAAGCAGGGGCCUCCCCGCGUCUCCGAGGAGAGAAUCUGUCUCAGGACGGGGGACAAGGUUUUCUUCACGGACGAGACUCAGGCCCUUGAUGAUUUAAACAAAUGGACAUUGCUUAUUGUAUCUCCUUUUAGCUAUUUGGAUAAAAUAUUUGAAGCGGAACAUAUCACAUUUGUGACUGAAAGUAUUUGCAUUCAAGCAAGUACUUCACAGGUUGUAACUUGCUCAACAGAAAAGAUUGUGAAGUGGUCAGACUAUUGCUCACCUUUGGCCUUUAAACCUGGAGAACCUUACAUAUUUUUAGCUAAAGCCAGCAUUGAUAACUUCAGUAGCCUUGGGGUAGCUUUUCUGGAAAAUAAACUCCUAAUGGAUAAUGGAAUGGUGCCUCAAAAAAUUGUGUCUGUGCACUUACAGAAGUCAGGAUCCGAAGACUUAGAACUGGCACCAAAUACCAAAAAAGAGGAAAAUGCUAAUAAGAUGCAGCUUGGUGAACUGGCUCAAGAUUCUACUUUUAUGUCUCCUGCUAAUCCAGAAGCUGCUGAUUAUGCAGGAGGUGGUGAUCAAGAAGUGCUGAGAGAGAAAUGUAAACUGCUAAAAGUAAAUGAACAACUUGAGCAAGUAUCUAAAAAGGAAAUUGGUACUGGUGAACAUCAUCACCUGCAUCUUUCUAGUUGCGUCGAGUGCUUGAAACUGGAGAAUAGCACAAUUGAAUCAGUUAAAUUUGCACCAGCAGAAAACAUUCCAGAUCUUUCUGAUGAUUACAGAGGCAAUUUGGAAGGUGUUAGUGGUGGUUGUCUGACAAGAAACAGAGUAAAUCUCACUGGGAAACCUCCUAAUAUUUUAAUUUAUGUUGGAUCUAACUCUGAAAAAGUGAAAUUUGAAGAAAUAAAAGCACUCAUCAUGGAAUGUGUUGAUGUUAAUGCUUACACUGUCUACCCAUUGUUAGAGAAACAAGUUCUGAGCGUGCCCUGGGUUGACAAUGCAUUGCUGCUGAUCAUUGCUGCAUCACAGCCCAUUUCUGAUGCUGUGUCCAAUCAAUUUCUAGCUUUCAUGUCCAAAGGUGGAAAGAUUUUGGGGCUUUCGUGUUCUUUCACUUUUGGUGGGAUACAGCUAAAGAGUAAAAAUGAAAUGAUGGAUACAAUACAGGCCAUUGUGUUUUCAAAAGCUAAGAACAAUGAGAUUAAACUAAAUCUUCUUGCUAGUGGAAAAGUUUUUGAAAGAGACAUUGCAGAAGAACUUUCUCCUGUGAAGCCACUGUGUUACUUGGACAGUCCUGAUAAAGAUAUGAUGGCUGUCCACCUGCCAUAUGGAAACAGUGGAGGAGAAGCCAUUCUUUGUCAGGUACAUUUGGAGGUGGAUGCCAAAAGUUUGCCCACUCAAUCAAAGAAUGAUUUCAAUUCACUCAAAAUAAGCAAUGCCAGAAGAUAUGACGUUCUUACCGAAAUCCUGACACUACUUGGCUUGAGCUGCGAAAUAAGUGAAGCUCCCCGAUUAACUCCUAUUUACCUGCUCUCAUCUGAUAAGGAACUCCAUAGUUCUCUUUUGGAGUGGCUUGGAAAAAAUGUGAAUGCGGAAGGAUCAAUCACAUCCAGCAAGGUGUCCCUUAAGUUUGUGUCGUCUUGCAGCAAAGAAACAGAAGUUACACCCUCGCUCAUGCCUGUAGUUACUGAGAUGGCAGCUUUGUCAUCAGAACAUUUCAACAUUGAGAGCUAUAAGGAAAAUCUACACACGCAGAAACUUGGGAAAGUGGUUCUGUUUGCUGAAGUUACAUCAACCACAAUGAAUCUUCUUGAUGGGUUAAUAUACAAGGUACCACAGGAAAUAGGUCUGAUAGCGAUUGCGGUUCAACAAACUCAGGGCAAAGGUCGUGGUGGGAAUACCUGGUUGAGUCCCAUGGGAGCUGCUUUAUAUACUCUACAUAUCACAAUUCCCUUAUCUUCCCAAUUGGGACAAAGGAUCCCAUUUAUUCAGCAUCUGGUUUCUCUUGCAGUUGUGGAGUCUGUUAGAUCCAUACCUGGAUACCAGGAUAUUGACCUCCGGGUGAAAUGGCCAAAUGAUAUUUACUACAGUGACCUUAUGAAGCUUGGGGGCGUUUUAGUGAAUUCCACACUAACAGGAGAUACUUUUCACAUACUUAUUGGCUGUGGAUUUAACGUGAAUAACAGCAACCCUACUAUAUGCAUCAAUGAUCUCAUUAUGGAGCACAAUAAGACAAAGAAUAUAAAAUUAAAGCCCUUAAGUACUGACUGCCUGAUUGCAAGAAGUGUGACUAUGUUGGAAAAUCUGAUCAAUAUCUUUCAAGAGAAAGGACCUAAUGGAGUUCUUCCAAUGUACUAUAAGUACUGGGUACAUAGUGGUAAGAAAGUCCAGCUCGAAAAUGAUGAGGGACCAGUUGUGUGGAUCGUUGGAAUAGAUGAUUCUGGGUUCCUUCAAGUUCAUGAGGAAGGCAAAGAUGUAGUGACGGUGCACCCAGAUGGCAAUUGUUUUGAUAUGCUGAGAAACCUUAUAAUUCCAAAGCAUCAGUAGUUUUUCAGUUGGAUGAAACAGCUGCUUAUUUAGAUUAUGAUUUUGUGUUCAACACUUACUGCUAGAGCUUGGCUGGAGACAGUGUAUUAAACUGAAAUUAUCUAAGGCUGAGCAAUAGAAACACUGUAUACCAAGUGAAACACUGACUUUUAUAUCUUUUAAUUUUCUGGGCCCUUGAUCGAAUGACCCUGGAAUUCGGGGCUUUUCAAGUUUUUGUUCCCUUCUCAGACUUUAUAUAGAUGAGAGGGAAACCGUAUGGUUAGGCCCUGGCUUCUCAUUUUUGACAUGGAUCGCUUAUCUGGAAUUUGCCCACAGAAGGUUGUAUGAUCCUGUUACUACAGAUUCUUAAUGCUUCCAUUUAUACCUGGCGAGGGGGAUGUGUAGUCCUCCAGGUGGUGUUGCAAUGCAAGUCCCGUCAACCCGAACCAGCAGAGCCGAUGAUGAGGGACAAGGGGAGAUGCAGUCCGACAAUAUCGUCAAGAUCACAUGUUCCCCAUCUUUAUCUUAUACCUUUAAAACAUAUUACUUUGUUUUAUAUGAAUUUGUAGGAGAGACUUCAACAGAAAAUUUAGUGUAGAAAGGUGAUAGAAUAGAAUAGUUUUGUUUAACAAUGUUGCUUUGAUGUAGUGAAUAUAGGUAAAUAGCUUUAUGAAAAACAAAGUUGAACUAUACUUUUUUGAAAUUCAGUUUUAGAGUAUGCUGUACAAUUAUUAAAGAGAUUCCUCUUCUCCUGCUCUCUUUCCCCAACAAAACAAUGAUCAAAAGAGAUUUUAAUUUUUAGAAUGGGCUCAGCCUGUGUUGAAUUGUAUUGGAGCCAAAGCCUUUCACAAUCUUAAUGUCCUUGUAAGUUCAACGUUUCCACAACUGACCACAGAAUUGCUAUUUUUUCUUCUAACAAUAGAAUUCUGGUUCCUAUAUAAAUGUAGAGCCUUUCACUUAUUUGGAAGAAGGUCUCUCAGUUUCACUGUUCUACUUUGCAGCUUCAUUUUGUUAAGGCAUUUCACAAAGGGCAGUGCCUACAAAUAGGAUUUAUCCGUAAAUGAAUCACAGACAUCAAGCCACCUUAAUGGCUCACAAAACCAAUUUUCCUGUGAUAUCUCUUACUUUAUGUAUGAAAAUCAAAGGUUCAUUCAUAUUGUAUGAUGUUCAUCAUAUCGCCUAACUGGAUACUCAGGUGCUUUGAUUAUUACUAAUAAUUUCAUAAUCAAAUGCCAAAUUCAGAUGGGCAUGUGAUACGUUCAGAACUUUGCAGUGCUUUCCAAAGCUCCUAGUUGCAUGGCCAUGCUUCUAGGGUUUGCUGCUUAGGCCCACAGAACACAGGCUUGCAGCCCUGUCCACCCAGGCUGUAGUCUGAAACCAGUUCCUGAAUAUCAGGGCACUGUAGGUAACCUAACCUCCUAGUGAGAACUGCCACGGGUUCUAAGACUCUCUUGUGUUCAGUUAUGAAAAUGCCCCUGCAAAGGCAAGCCAGCCUUGUAGCCAGAAGCAGGCUUUUGUAGGUUAAAGUUCACUGCAUAAAGAAUCAGAACAUAAGUAGCUUGGCUCAAAUAUAAAUCCAAGAAGCCUUAAAGAAAGCAAAGAAGUUGGCCUGUAAUGGUGGAUUAGCAUAAUCCCUGUGUAUUGGAGGCCGAGUAGUUUAACAAUAAAUUACUGGAGAUUAAGUUGUCCUUUCACUGAAAGUGAGGAUUUUGACCUCUGUUGCAUGAAGUUUCCCACACUGUGGCAUCCAUAACUGUUUCUUGCAUAAUGCAUGACCUAACCAAAAAAAGUAGAACAAUUAAACUAAUUUAAACAGCUAAUUGAAUAGUGAGAAGUUAUUACUUCCAAACCUUAAAAGUCCUGUGUUCAUUUAUAUAUGUUGUUUCAGAUUUAAUAACUCAAGUGAUCCUUAAGUCUAAACUAGUGUAAUGAAAUGGAUGAGAACUCCAGCAAGGUAUUUGGACUCCAUUCUUAUCUCAACGGGAUCCUUCUGUCCUGUUGUCUUACAUCAGCACGUUUAAAUGCAUGAUUCAUGCUGUUAUCUUCAGAAUAAAUAGAGACAGGGCUAUGCCUCGCUUGAGCAGAGGCAACCCUUUGUUCAGCCUGAACGUUUGGCCCAAGUAGCAGAGCAAUCCAUCCCUCAGCUUGCCCUGCAUGCCUGCAAACAUGGCCCUACUGAAAGGAAUACAACUUCAUUGUAAUACAUCUAAGAUAAUUCCAAAAUGACAUGCCUGUGCUUUCUGACUUCCCUCCCCCUCAGAAUGCAAUCUCUUAUUUAUAGAACAUAGAGAAGUGCCUUGCCAUGUCUUCAACUUUUUUAAUAUAUAGGAGGACAAGUCUUGCUAAAGAAGGAUCAGCAUGGCUUCUCCAAAGGGGAAGCCUUGCCUCAGUCACCCUUUAGAAUUCUUAGAGAUGAUCUAAGACCCUCAUCAAAGGCUCCCUAAAAUGUGCAUCAGUAAUACAAUAAGCAGACAUGCCCUCUUUUGGAUCAAUAAUUGACUAGAAACCAGGAAACAAGAUGGGAAAAGGCACUAUUUUAAUAAUGUGAAAUAUGUUUAUAAAUUAUACAGUUUGUGGAUUACUCAGAAUUAAUCAGAAGGGUAAAUUUCCAAUUCUAAGCAGGUUGUGAAGUGCUCCAGAUGAUAUUUUCAAACUGGUUGAUUGAGCAACAGAAUGGCAGAUGAGAUUAAGUGCAGAGUGACCGGGAUAAAAGAUCCUAACCACGUAUAUGCUAAUGGAUGUAGAUUUGUACUGGUAUCCAGGUUAAAAAAACCUUAGUUGAUUAAUCUUAUGAGUUUUGCUUGGGAUAUGGUUCAAUCAUUUGAUUAAAUUUCUGUAAAUAUGCAUAUGCACAAACAAUAUUUCUGAAGAAAAAGUAUAUUUUUGCACACAUGUUGCCACAAACACCAUUAAGAGGUAUUGCAGCUGGUGGGGGGUUGGGGAUGCUUCUGCUAAGAUGGUAUCUGCAACUUGCACUUAUUUAUAUAUACUUGUGGUAUUUUCUUAAAAAAAUGAAAAUCUGCUGUCCAAUUUAAUCAGGGAUGCUGGUUUAGUUGAUAGAAAUUAUUAUUUUAGUCAAUCUAACCAAUUACUCAACUAAACUCUGUAGCAUUACUGUAAUUUAGCUGUAACUACCACAUACACACACAAAGAUACUGUGGUUUCAUUAGAAAGUGUUCAGAGUUUUUAACAAAAAGCAAAUUAGACUAGUAUUAGGUUUUAUUGGGAAAGAAAUUGAAAAACUAUAUUUAUAAAUCUGUUAUAUCUACCAGCCUUAAAAUAAAAAGCAUUAUGAAGGUUUACAAAAUUAGUAAUGGUAUGGAGAGUUACCACUUUCCCCCAUACUCAUAUACACACACCUAAUUCUGUAAAGGAAUGAAUAGUUUAGGCUACUUCUACUGCAGUAGAAUUUUAUUGACUUAAUCGGGACUGCCCUUUCAAUUGUACUAAGCAAAAACCCAUUUUAUUUUAUUUAUUUAAAAAGAAACCAAGUUUAUAACAAGCAUUCAAAAGUCAGUGAAAUAUAACUUAGUUGAAAUACCAAGAAGCUCUCUAAAUUCGGUGCACUUUUAUUCUGCCCUUUUGGAAUAUUGAUUUCUGCCCUGCUUUUUUGUGUGUGUUUGGGCAGCCAGGCAGACUGUGAGAAGUUGGACCAUGGCCCCACUAUUUAUGUUAUUUAGAGUGUGGGCUGAUGUGACAGGGGAGUUCAGAAAGACCAUAUAAGAGGAUGGAGCAACUUCAUACUCUUUUGCCAUACUACCAUCAUUUUUAACUGUCUUGCUGCCGAAUGAAAUCAGUUCCCAUCUGGGAUUUGAUCCUGGGUGAGCAUGCCAACAUGACAUGCGUUACUGAGACUGGUCUGGAUUAAAGGAGAAGGUGUAACUUAUCCCAGUUGUGUCACCCGAUUCUUGGUGCAGCAGCAACAUAAACUCAGUGGAUGAGGAGAAAGGUCCAUCAUGAGCUUUCAUGAGAUUCAUGAUUGUAUCUCUUUUUCAAGAGAUUCUGUUCAGCAAUCAUCUGACAUCAAGCAAUUACGCAUGAUGUUGGACUCUCCGGACAGGCUAGGGAUACAGUUGGUUCAGCCCACCCCUUCAACUGAACUGGUGUAGGUGGUCUUGUGGAUGGUCCUGAAGAAGCUCAUGUCCAUUCCCAGGGAUAUCCAGAUGGCAGUGGCAAGAAGUACUUUUUACCAGCUUUAGGUGGUAUACCUGUUGCUUUCCUAGAGAAAUUGGACUCUGUCUCAUUCAUGCCUUAGUCUCAUCUAGAUUAGAUUCCUAUAAUUUAAUUUAUAGUAAUUAAAUGAAAUUUAUGUUCAGCUGAUGGUGAACAGUUGCUAGGGAUUUAACUAGGAGCCCUAGAUCAGAACAUACCACUUUGGUACUACAACAUGUGUGUUGCCUAUCAAUUUGUUUGCAGGCUACACUUUUUGACCUUUAAAGUCCUAUGUGGUGUAAGGCAGGAGUGGGAAUAUAUGGUCUUCCAGAUGGCAUUGGACUGCAUCAGCCCUGACCAGCAUAGCUAGUUGUGAGAGAUGGAUGGCAGUUCUAGUCCAGCAACAUCUGGGGGCCACAUGCUCUAUAUCCCUGGUCUAAGGACAGUCUAUGUAAAUAAUAGUCUUCUCCUGUAUGAGCCUCCGCAAAUACUAAGAUCAGCAUCAGAAGACCUGCUCUGUGUCCCGUCACCUAAAGAUGGGUGGGCAUGAGAGACAGGUCCUCUUCUUUGAUAUGUGCUGUGUUGAAAUUCCCUCCCAUGGGAGAUCUGCCAAGCUCCAUUGUUGCUGUCUUUUCACAAGUUAAAAUGUAUUCCAGUAGGCAUUUGGCAGUAGAGUGAAUAGCACUUGGUCUAAUUAUAUUUUUCUGAUGUUGUUAUAUAUUUUUAUGCUGUUCCUUUUUUACAUGUGUUAAAAUGUUUUUUCUUCUACUAUGGUGUUUUGUAAGCUGCACUGAAUAUCUUGUAAACAAAAUUGGGGUAGAAAAGUAUGCAAAUAAGCAAAUAAAAUGUAAGUUAUUCUUAUUGGAAUAAUAAAGAAUGUAAAUCUUUGAAAAGCUAACAAAAGACAAGAAGCACAAAAGCCCCAUGGUUUAUUUUAUUUUAUUUUAAGCUGUACUCUGGAAAUAUUUGCACUGGAAAAUUUCCUUCGUUUAAUUUCCUUUUUGUAAAUGAAAACUGAUGAAGUGUGGACAUAUUGAAGUACAAGUAGUUUAUGUGGGAAUAUCACUUUUGCCUUUGCCUUUUGAAUGGCCUGGUCCUGUUCAUACAAGACAAUAUAUUGUCUUGAAUGAGGAGAAAGGAACAUCCGAUUCAGUUGUGAACAGUUGCAUACUUGACUUUAUUUUAUUUGCUUCGGAUGCAUCCAAGAAAAAUAUCCUAUUUCUUACAGAAAAGCUGAAUAAUGUCUGACUAGCAGCUGUUGGAGUCAGGAAUGCUUGUGGGCCUUCUUUCUAUAGGACACUCAACUAAAGGUGUAUGUAGGGAGUACAGCUGGUAAUCACAUUGUUUUCUGCAUCAAACUUGGCAACUGCUCACCAUUUCUGCCUGAAAAGCGUUUUGUAACAGUCCUUGUGACUGUUAUAAUAUAGCAAAAUGAGUCUGGACAGAGUCUGAAGGAGCCAGCCAGGCAUCCUGGAAUCCAGAAGCAGCCUGCUGAAAAUGUGUAACGCUAUUAAAAUGUCCAGGUUGGUAAAACACCUUUUCCACUGUGUAGCUGAUGUCGCCUUUCAGACUGUUCACUUGAUGAAGUGAUUUCAAAAAUAUUUCAUUAUGGUGCCCGUAUUUUUUGCA